UGCAGGGAGGUGAUGUAAUGCUUUAAAGAGCAGAAGUGGUGCUGAUGCUGCGCAGUCAAACAGCAGCAGAGAGACGGGACAAAACACACGGCUCACACACACACCACAGACUUACAUCAUACUGAGGAGAGAAGGUUCAUUACAGACUCAGCUCACCCUCAGAGACAGAACAAUGACUCUCACAGCGUACAGAGAGAAGAUGAAGGAGCUCCCCCUGGUGGCCUACUUCUGCUCUUGCAUCCUUCCAGAACCUAAAGAGAAAACCAAAAAAACUCACGAAGGCGUGGUGGAUUUAAACCUGUGCCUUAUAAAAGACAUGGAAGUGAUUGAGCUGAACAAGCGCUCCUCAGGUCAGGCCUUUGAGGUCAUCCUGAGGCCUCCAUCAUUCGACGGGCAGAGGGAGUUUAAUCCCACCAUCCCACCCCGCAGAGACCCUUCACUGGAGGAGAUCAAGAAGAAGCUGGAUGCAGCAGAGGAGAGGAGAAAGGGUCAGGAGGCUGAACUUCUGAAACAUUUGGCUGAAAAGCGAGAACACGAGCGUGAAGUGGCUCAGAAAGCCGCGGAGGAACACAACAACUUCAUCAAAAUGGCCAAAGAGAAGCUGGAGCAGAGGAUGGAGAUCAACAAGGAGAACAGAGAAGCUCACAUUGCUGCCAUGCUCGAGCGCCUGCAGGAGAAGGAGAAACACGCUGAGGAGGUGCCUUGAGGUCUUCUGAACAUUUUGGGAUCCUGAUCACCAAAGGACUGAAUACGAUAAAGCCGAGAGCUUUAUUAGCUUUUUUGGGGAAAACAAACAAACAAACACACAAAAAAAGCGAAAAUCACAAAAUGCUGUGAUGUUACUAUCACUUUACGAUGGCUUUUGUGCGGCUGUUUUUUUGCGAGACGAGAAACAGAGACUGUUUUUCCAGCAGAAUUGGAGAAAGGAGCAGCGCUAAUUUAAUACAAGGAGCCAAUUGUGCCAAAACUCUGUGUGUGUGUGUGUGUGUGUGUGUGUGUGUGUGUGUGUGUGUGAGUGUGUGUGUGUGUGUGUGUGUGUGUGUGUGUGUGUGUGUGUGUAAGGUGUGUUUUUGGACAUUCUCGUGCCUGUUUUGUUAAAGCCAGACCUCAGUGAAUCCUCUUGUUUGCAGUGAAGAUGUUCUAAGGCCUUCAUGAUCAGCUGGUUUCUGAUUUGGCUCUUCGGUUUUGCUGUACAGAAAUUGUGAUAUAUAUUUUAGAUGCGAAGGACAUUAAAGAUCUGCUGUGUGAUAUA